UUUCCCUACUCACAUAAACUGUCAUAAACUCAGCUGGUUGGGCAAAAAAAGGAAAUAUUAAAAAAUCAUUACGCACCUUAACAAAUAUCAAAGUGGGGUUUUUAAUUAAAUAGUAAAAUUAAAAUAGAACUUAAAAGCAUUUAUCUAAAACUAAGAAACAAUUAAAGAAAAAUUAACUACUUUCGGGUAAAAACAAAUGCAAAAACCUUAAUUAGACAGAAUUUUAUGGUGAAAUUUCGGAAAACAUCUUAAAUAAUUUCUGUUUUUUCUCCUCUCAUCCUUAUUUAUAGCCAGCCCCGAGAAGAAGUGUUUUUGUCGUAUUUCAAGCAUCCCCCUCCUGUUUGUGUAACUUUAUUUUAGAUAUAUUUUAUAUGAGAAAUAGUUUUGUGUUUUUUUAAACACUCAUUCAUUCCUUGCAACUUCUUUUUUCUGUGAGUGUGUGUGUGUCACCACUAGCAGCUGUGUAAAAGGGAGAAGUAAGCAAAACCACACAGAUCCCCAAAGCCAGCCAACAAGCAAGCUAUCAUAGUAACGCAGUCUAUAUAUAGUCAUGCCCCGCGGUAAACGUCGUUCCAAUCACGAUAUGGGUGAAGAUGAUCGUCAAACUUCGAAAAGACAACGUAAUACCUAUACGACAGCAACAGCGACAGCACAAAAUACUAGCAGACGUCAUAUAAAAGCCGAAGAUUCUUUCAGUCAUAAAAGAUGUUUAGCAUGGUUUAGAGAAUAUACAAAUCCCGAUGAGCCAGAUACACUGGGUCCCGAUGGCAUGGAAAAAUUUUGUGAAGAUAUUGGUGUUGAACCCGAAAAUGUUGUAAUGUUGGUAUUGGCUUAUAAAAUGGGUGCCACACAAAUGGGUUUCUUUAGUCAGUAUGAAUGGUUAAAGGGUUUAACCGAAUUAGAAUGUGAUUCUGCACUUAAAAUGCAAUCAAAAUUGGAUUAUUUAAAAAGUAUAUUAAAUGAUCCAAAUAUAUUUAAAAGUAUAUAUCGUUAUGCAUAUGAUUUUGCUAAGGAUUCCGAUCAACGUAGUAUGGAUAUAAAUACAGCAAAGGCUAUGCUACAAUUAUUACUGGGUAAACAUUGGCCUUUGUAUCCACAGUUUGCACAAUUCCUAGAUCAAUCAAAGUACAAAGUCAUAAACAAGGAUCAGUGGUGUAAUAUAUUGGAAUUUUCACGCACCAUUAAUAAUGAUUUAACAAAUUACGAUAUCGAUGGAGCAUGGCCCGUUAUGUUGGAUGAAUUUGUUGAAUGGUUACGACAGCAACGUCAAUGUACGAGCACAACAUCAAGCUGAAAUUUUUGGUAUAACCCUUAUUACCAUCAUCAUCAAUACCAACCAUACCAACCACCACCAUACUAAAAUUAGUAGAAGCUUCUCUUUUAAUAUUUAUGAUUUUAAACUUUCUUUUGGUUUUUCUACUUCCCCAUCCCAUUUGUCUUUAAUAUGAGAAUAAAAAAAAAAAUGAAAAAAAUCCAUUCUAAUGGUUCCAAAUACAUUUAAAUUAACUUUAAUAAUAAAUUCUUGAAAGAAACAAAAAACAUUAAAGUAAAACAAAAUAUAUUUGUAAUAAAUUUAAAACUAAAUUAUCAAAAGUAAAACAAAAACAAAAUUGUCCUUUAAGAAUUCCAUUAUAAAUAAAUUAUUGCAAAACAAGUAAUAAAAAAAUAUCAAGGGGCUUCUUUUAAAGUUUAAAAUGCCCUGUUACUCACACACACCCAACCCUUCCUACCCUCCCAAAACCCGCUCCCUUACACCCCUUGGCUCUCAUAUAAAGUCACUUAAUAUGAACACUUAAAGUCAUUUGUAUGGAUUUGAUCAGCAUCAACAAACAUAACGUCACGUUAUUUUGGUUAAGUUACUUUAUAAAAAAAAAAGAAAAUACUAUUGUAGUAAUAUGAAAAAUAAGAAAAGAUGGACAAAAAAUUGUCAUUCGAGUGAAAAAUGAAAGAUAUGAUGUGUGAAAAUAUUUAAUAACAAUAAUAAUUA